GCCGGCAGAAACGUCAUGAGGGAGCGCCGGCGGCCUCCGGCUCUGGCUGCGGAGAUGGAGCCGGCGCGCCGCGUCCUGCUGCUGGGCGAGGGUAACUUCUCCUUCGCGGCCUCCCUGUGCGGAGCCGCGGGCACCCACAUCGUGGCCACUUGUUACGAGAGCGAAGAGGAGGUGUCCGGGCGGGGGCGAGCCGCGGACAGCAUCCGGCGGCUGCGGGAGAGGGGAGCUGAAGUUCUGUUUUCUGUGGACUGCACCAAGCUGAAGGACUAUUUUUUACCAGAAAAAAGAGACUUUGAUUGUAUUUAUUUCAACUUCCCUCACUGUGGGAGAAAGGCUGGGGUAGUGAAGAAUAGAGAGCUUCUUGCCCAGUUUUUCCAUGGCUCUGCAGAAGUGCUGACAGAGGAGGGAGAGAUCCAUGUGGCUCUUUGCAAUGGGCAGGGUGGGACACCUGCUGAUCAACCGAGGAGAGAAUGGCACAACAGCUGGCAAAUAGUGGCUGUGGCAGCAGGAGCUGGAUUUAUCUUGAGUAACGUUCAUCCUUUUAAAGCAGACACUAUCCAUGGAUAUAAGUGUACAGGCUACAGGAGCCAAGAUAAAUCUUUCUGUGUAGAAGGAGCUUUAAACCACAUUUUCACACGAAGCAUGCCACUUCCAUAUUUCAAACCCACGAUCUGUGAGAUAGAACUGGAAAGCCGAAAAGUUUCUUUUCAAGUACCGCAAGUACUUGUGGACAAAAUUAAUAGGGGUUUCCUAGAACUAAAUUCAAAUCAUCCAGUACGGACAAUAAAGGAAAAGCUCACUGCAGAGCUCAGCCAAGCCUUUCCGUUACAAAACAUUGACUACUGCCUUUCUCUGCUCCACCAAGGUCACCUCAAUGGUGUUUGUCACUCAAACAUCUUUUGGAUCAUUCUGAGCCCAGAGGAGACUCCAAGCACUGAAGAAAUGUCUAAUGGACUGGCAAAUGCAGUUUUAUUUUCCCAUAUUGAUUUUUGCAGGGACACAGAUAAGAAUGGCUGGGUGAAUGUACAAGAGGGAUGCCACAUUUCAAAACAGUAUUAUCUUAGACCUUCCCUUCUACCUUAUGCUCAGGCAAUAAUACAAAGAGGAGCAUUUCUCCCAGGGACACUUCAUGUUCUUUCUGGCCCAGUUUUCAGGAAGUGUCUUAUCACUCCUUACUCCAUGCCUGUUUUUCAUGAGGUGGUUUUUGUAUGUGCAGUUAACAGGGGUACAGAGAACAGCUGUAUCCAGAUGUUGAUGAAUACCAUUCAAACCAGCAUACAUUCUUUUCACCAGGCUAUUCCGGGCUUUAAAGUGAAUAUCAAUCUGCAGGAAGCAACGAGCUUUGAAACAACUGAGCUAAAUGACUUUGCUGCUUUUGAAUCUCAGCUUAGUAAAAUUCAGUACUUCAUCUGUAUGGAGAUAGAUACUUCAGGCUCCUGUGAGAAGGGCUUCUGUGUGGGAAUUAUAAGGACAGCUCAUUACGAACUAGUAAGCAGUGAACUGGUGGUUGUCUUUGCUUCAUUGAAUCUUGACCUCCUAGCCAUGCUGAUCUGUGGAAUAUCUGACUGGCGAAUGCUCUGGACAUCAGACACACGGUUCCUCCGUCAAUUUCCUAGAGGAGAGUUAAGGCUUUUCAAGAGUUUUUCUCUCUAUCCACCUUCCUAUGUGCAUGAUGUCAGCUUUUGGGUUCCUGAUGGGGAACAAUUUGAUGAAGUUGCUUUUCACACAGUUGCUAGGCAGGUGUCAGGUGAAAUGGUCGUCUCCAUCCAGUUAAUCGAUAGUUUCCAGCAGUCCGAGACCGGACGGAAGAGCCUCUGCUACCGGCUGACCUUCCAGUCCUGUGACAAGGCACUGAGCCGCCAGGAGGUGGCAGGGAUGCAGCUGCUCUUUCGAAAGGAGAUAAACCAACGCUUGCGGGUAGCUCUUCGGUAGAGCCUUCUCUGUUGUUUUCAGGGGCUUGAGCAGCAUCUGCGCUUGUUGCCGAUCCGGAAAAUGUGGCCUACAUCUUGUUGGACCUGUGUGUUAUUGCAGUGCCUCUUACAAAGGCGGUGUGGACUUCAAGUACCUGCACACAUUGUAAAUGUGGAAAUUCCUGUUAAUGCAGACCAAGCACCUUCCUGUUCUGCGUGUGUGUAAUGAAAGCUCAUUUUAACCA